GAGCAGGAAUUCAUUGCGUGUUGUUUCGGACUAUGCUUCAUUAAUACAAAAGAAGAAGAAGAAAUAAAUCUAGUUCUGAUGAGGACGAGCAUCUUUUAGUGUGAAAGUGGGGGACUGCUUCUUCCUCCAGCCGCCUCCUUCCUGCGGGGCGGGGAGGGCGCUAUCGGUUCCGUCUCCAGCCUGCUACGGAGGUCGAGCAGUGGACGGCGGGUCAAAGUCAAACUCUUCCCAGUUAAAUCCCGCCUGAGCAGCAGCAGCAGCAGCAGCAGCAGCAGCUCGGCGCAUCCAUCUGCGGACAUGGACUUCUCCAUCAGAGCGGCGAACGUGGAGGACUGCAAGGACAUCGCGCGGAUGAUCAGGGAGCUGGCAGAGUACGAGAAGAUGGCUGAUCAUGUUAAAGUCACACAGAGAGACUUGGAGCAGGACGGCUUCUCCAAGAAUCCGUUCUUUCACGGCAUUGUCGCCGAGGUGCCAGAACAGCACAGAACCAAAGAAGGACAUACGAAGAUUGGCUAUGCACUUUACUUCUACUCCUACAGCUCCUGGGCAGGAAGAGCCAUUUACAUGGAGGACUUGUACGUGAUGCCAGAAUUUCGAGGGAAGGGAAUCGGAAAAGCACUUAUGAGCAAGGUAGCACAGGUCUGGAGGGAGUUUUUAAAGGCUUCCUGUGGAAAAAGAAACUCGCCAUUUAGUGUAAAUGCUGGUCAUGUUUUUUUUAUUGUUUAGGCUUUUUUUUUUUUUCGUAUUAAAAUUUUUUGAUAAAGUGCUUUUAUUGGUACAGUUUUAUGCCACGAAACUUGUUUACUGAGUUUAUGGUUUACUGCUAAUGUUGGCUCCUUUAAUCUGUAACUCGUUUAUUACGUGUCGGUGAUUGGAAAAGUACGCGGUCGCUUUAGGGCAUGACAUUAAUGUACCAGAUCAACGCUACUGUAAAGGCCCAUGCGAGUAAAACCUAUGUGUUGGAGACACACCCAACAUUAUCCAGCUAAAGUGAGACCUGGCAAAGGUCAAGGUGCUUAAUUGGCACACCUGGUGAAGAUUUUUAAUGGCCGCGAUGCUAAAAUUCACAUAAUGGCAGAGACUUAUAACAAAAAGGCAAAAGUGAGAUAACCAUAGCUGAUAUUGACAUCAAAAUUUUCAGUAAUAGUAUCGUGGUUAUGUGUUUUUUUUUGUUUUUUUUUGGCUAUUGUUGUACCCCUGGUCCAGAUUAAAUGUACUGUUAAAAACUGCCAUCCUGGCGGCAUUGAAACAUGAAAAAUGUAAAGAUGAAAAUAUUUAAUAUAUAUAUAUUUAAUUUCCCUUUGGGAUCAAUAAAGUAUUUUCGAAUUCUCCGAACGUCGAACUGUAGCUCUGAGAAAGACACGGCCUCUUUCAGCGAUCCAGAGUCUUCAGUGUUUGUUGUUUGUCUCGAUAUCUCAGUUUUCCUCGAGACGUCGAGGAAAACCAAGAUGAGAGGCAUCUCGACUUUGAUGCAGGUGGAAACUUUUUCUUCCUGCAGUUUUUCCUGCUGUACGCAAACUCUCCGUCGUUAUAGAGCGAUUACGUUGCCGACCGAAGACGGUCAGAUGUCUGAAAACUAUAACUGCUCUGGCUGACAGCUAAAGUUUUCCAUCCUGCCUUUGCUGUACUUCGACUCGGUUCUGAUUGGAUAAAACCCGAGCGAGAUCAGAGGGAUUUUUUUAAUUAGUCUUUCUGCAGGAGCGCUGAACCUCCUUCUGUCCUUCUGGCCAAAAGAAGGCUGCUUCACGCUUCCAUUGCUCACCGCACUAAUUUGGCUGCUUGGCAAUAUUUCCAGUCAUAAAAAUGUUUAGUUAUGUUGUCCAAACUAGACCGCCCAUCGGUCUUAUUAGCAUAGAUUUGGUUUUACGGUAUUCUAAUCCUCGCGAUGAAUCCUGUGGAUAACUCUUACUAAUCAAGUUGGGAUUUGGGGGGAGAAAAGUCUAAAAAUAGGAUCCUGAUUCCUAAAGAGGUGUGUGUAUCUUACAUAUAUCUUAACUUAUCUGUUGCUAAGCCAGCGGAUGAUGAGUCUACCGUUUGACCACGGCUGAUAUUCACUCCGUCGUGUUCUUUGUGCACUGAAGGAAUCGUUUAGAGCUCACAGCUUCUCCUAUGCAGCCAAACUCGGGGUGCAGCUUUCAGAGAAAUGGAUGAAGCCCAAAUUCAAACCAAAACAAUCCACUCAGUGGAAUUUGGGGAGGUGGGGGGGAGAGAAAAAAACCCCAUAAAGCUUGAAAAGUGGGCUCCUUGCACAACUUUAAGCUUGUCAUGCUUAAAUGAAAGUGGCAUUAUUCUGGUCUGAACCACGAGUUUCUCUCUUGUUUUUUUUUUUCUUUUUCGUACGGUCUUCUGCAGUUUAAUGAAGAUAUGCUAAGUUUUAUUUGCAUUGUUUCUGUUCCACUCAGACGAGUAAAAACCACUGACCCUUCUUUGCAGCGCUUGCAUUUUGGCAUGGAAAUGUAUCCAGGAAUGCAUUUCAUAGGCCAUUAUUCUGCUGCUGCUGCUGCAAACUGCAAGGCGCAAAGACUGAGGGAGCACGAGAGAUUUUGAUUCUUUUACAGCGUGCAACUUCCUGUCAACGUGAGUCCGUGAGUGCAAAUUACACAAAUAAAAAAUUUUAAAAAAAAUCAGUUUCUUCCUAAUGCACCUGCAAUAAAUCCCAGAGGUGGAACGUUGCCGGUGUUUGUUCAGGUUUACGUCGUGUAGCCGUGUGUUCGAGUAACCACUAUGCAGUGUAUCUGUCAGGAUAAGUGGAUGAAACAUCCGUGUUUGUGCGUCUUGGCGUUCAGAAAAGGACGUCGGCGCGUUGUGUACCCGCUCCAAAUUCAGUGUCGAAGUGACCUCUAUGUGUGAUUUCACUGCGUGCAAAAUCAUUUUAACAUGCGUUUGAUUUAAUAGUAGGUUAGAGGGAGGCCUGGCGGGAACGUGUGUCUAAAGCCGACACUGUGGCGCUCAGGCUUGAACUGAGUCUUGACUGGGUUUUUGUUUUAAUGAGGUGAAACACAGAGCAUUAAAAACUGAAAAUAUACAUAUUCUUCCUUUCCUGGAGCCAUCAAACUGUUGUGAUUUUACCAAAACACUACAUUGUAUUCAGUUAUGUGGUUGUACAAGAG